UAAAGGUCUUUUGUCUAGUGUCGUCUCAUUGUUCUCUCAAGGAAACUUACAAUAAUAAGUAAAACAUUUCUUGUUUCUGGAAAUAAAAACGAAAAAAUAAAAACAAAGAAAAGUUCCGACACAGCAAAAAUUGAUCAAGAUUUGUAACACAAGGACCUACAUCAACCUUUAUCAAUCUGACAUGAUACAAAAUACAAACAAAUAAAAGCACUUAAACGUUAACACUGGUAGUUUAAGGAUGCUUUAUCUUUCUAAUUAUUUAGUGCACAAUAACAGCUACGGAAAAAUAUAAUGAUAUCGUCCUUCACUAGAUAGUAGUCAAGUAUUGGUAGUAAGUAAAUAAAUACUCAAAGCUCAUUUAGACAACACAGUAAUUUUUCUGCAAGAACUUUCUGAAACAAAACUUCCGCACUAACUCACGUCAAAAGGUCAGUUCUAUUAUUAGCAAGAAGAUCGUUACUUGAAUCACUGAAGUGUGCUCAAGAUGAAACGCAAUUUUUACUGGUGCUUUCUAAUAUUUUUUCUGAAUAUUGGAGACAUAUCAGGAUUAAAUCAGCCACAGACUGUAAAUGUGCCUAAAGCAGAUAAAUAUGAACCCACGUGGGACAGUCUGGACACUAGACCAAUUCCUCCAUGGUUUGACGAAGUCAAAAUAGGAAUAUUUUUACACUGGGGAGUUUUUUCAGUUCCGAGCUUUGGAGGCGAAUGGUUUUGGGCAAAUUGGCAAGAUGAUGAUCCAGAUGGAGAAUAUGUCAAAUUUAUGGAAAAGAAUUAUCCACCAGGAUUUACUUACCAAGGGUUUGCCAAGGAUUUUACAGCAGAGUUUUUCGAUCCCGACGAAUGGGCAGAACUCUUCAAAAAUGCAGGCGCCAAGUAUGUUGUUCUAACAAGCAAACAUCAUGAAGGCUACACCUUAUGGCCUUCCAAAUAUUCGUUUGGUUGGAACGUUCACGACGUUGGACCUAACCGUGAUUUGCUCGGUGACUUAGCUCAAGCAGUUCGAGCGAAAAAUCUAACAUUCGGACUUUACCAUUCGCUCUAUGAGUGGUACAACCCUAUAUACCUGGCCGAUAAGAAUAAUUCAUUCACGACCCAAGAAUUUGUGGAUAAUAAAAUGCUGCCAGAGAUGUACGAAGUUAUAAAUAACUAUCAGCCAUCAGUUCUUUGGUCCGAUGGUGACUGGGAAGCCAACGAUACCUACUUCAGGUCUACAGAAUUUUUAGCGUGGCUAUACAACGACAGUCCCGUUAAAGACGUAGUUCUUGUUAAUGAUAGAUGGGGUAUCGACAUUCCUUGUAAACAUGGAGAUUUUUAUUCAUGUAAAGACAGAUACAACCCAGGUGUGCUGCAGCCUCACAAGUGGGAAAACGCGAUGACUCUCGAUAAGUCAUCAUGGGGUUUCAGAAGAAACGCAAGUCUCUCAGACUAUCUUACAAUAGAGGAAUUACUUGAGACGUUGGCCCAAACAAUAAGCUGCGGAGGAAAUAUAUUAAUAAAUGUGGGUCCUACAAAAGAAGGCACAAUUGUGCCAAUAUUCCAAGAACGGUUAUUACAACUGGGUUCUUGGCUUUCAAUAAAUGGUGAAGCCAUUUAUAAGAGUAAACCUUGGACUGUACAAAAUGAUACUUUAACCUCAGAUGUAUGGUAUACUAGUGAUGGUGACAAAAAUGUUUAUGGUAUAGUUCUACACUGGCCAGAUAAAAGUGUUCUUCAGCUAGGGUCGACAGUUUCUCUUUUUUCUGAAACAUCUCCAACUGUUAGCCUACUAGGAAACACAGGAAAUUUGACGUGGAAUGUUGAUAGUGAUCAAGGUAUAGUCAGCAUUGAAUUACCCAAUAAAUCUACUGUAGCUAAUCAGUGGGCUUGGGUGGUAAAGAUAACAAGCAGCUAGACACUAAAGCUGUUGUUAUGGACAGUGUUUUCCAAAAAUUGGGUACAAUUUUCUAGAUAAUUGUUAUUGUUUCGUGGAAAAUAUUGUUUACAAAACUGCAAAUUUAACGUUCUGUGUAGCAUAAUUGUAAAUAAAUAGACAAAUUCUGUAAAAACGUA